UUCGCAAUUGGUUCCAUUCCACGAUAGAGAGAUCAGCUGCUGCCAUCGAUUCAACGAAGUUUUUGGAGCUCAGCAUCAGCUACAGCUAGGGUUUCUAAUCUCCAUUAAUUCUUCUUCUUCUUCUCUUCCGUUCCUUCUUCUUCUUCUGUAUUUUCUCUUUCAAUUCGCCGGUUUACGCACCUCCCGCGCCCGGGAGGGACCAACCAACGCUAUGGGUGGUGGCGAUGGAGCUGUGCACGGCGCCAGCGACACGACGACCGCUGCCGAUGGAGUCAAAGUCAACGUCAACAUUCGAUGCUCCAAUGGUUCCAAGUUUUCUGUUCUGGUUUACCUCGAAUCUACCGUUGGAUCCUUUAAAUCCAUCCUCGCGGACCACAGCGAGGUUCCGGCCGAUCAACAACGCCUGAUUUACAAGGGUCGGAUUUUGAAAGACGAUCAAACCCUACAAAGCUACGGGUUAGAGGCAGAUCACACCGUUCAUUUGGUUCGUGGAUCGGCACCUGCUGCACCGCCGACCAAUCCUUCUACUGCGCCGCCCAAUGCCGGCGGUCCGAACACCACUUCGAGUAACGCAAGGAAUGUUCCAUCAAAUGAAGGUGGAGCUCUAGGAGGAUUUGGGUUGGAAUCUUCCCUGUUUCCUGGACUUGGUUUCGAUGGGCUUGGUGCCACCGGGGGCUUGUUUGGAGCUGGCCUUCCUGAUUUCGAACAGGUGCAACAGCAGCUGACCCGUAAUCCAAACAUAAUGAGAGAAAUAAUGAACAUGCCUGCCAUACAAAACAUCAUGAAUAACCCAGAUAUCAUGCGGAACUUGAUCAUGAAUAAUCCUCAAAUGCGUGAAAUUAUGGAUCGAAAUCCUGAGCUCGCGCACAUUCUCAAUGAUCCCAGUACUCUCCGGCAGACGCUGGAAGCUGCAAGAAAUCCUGAGCUUAUGCGUGAGAUGAUGCGGAAUACUGAUAGAGCAAUGAGCAACAUUGAAUCUUCCCCCGAGGGAUUUAACAUGCUUAGGCGAAUGUAUGAAACUGUUCAAGAGCCAUUUCUAAAUGCCACAACUAUGUCUGGAACUGCUGGAAAUGAUGGCUCGAACCCUUUUGCUGCACUCUUAGGAACGGGUGGGGAUGUGACCAAUAAUACGACAUCCAAUCCAUCUACAACUACUCCUGAUGCGACUAAUGGAUCUCCUUCUCCAAAUACAAAUCCACUUCCAAACCCAUGGACCCCUCCUAGCACUGGCGGUACACAAACUAACUCUACCAGGUCAAAUCCUACUCCAAAUGUUAGUGCUCAAGUUCCCACUGGUUUAGCCGGGCUUGGUCUUCCAAAUCUUGAGGGUAUGUUGGGUGCAACACCAGAUGCCAGUUCUCUGAAUCAGUUGAUGCAAAACCCAGCUAUUUCACAGAUGAUGCAAAGUGUUUUGUCAAACCCCCAAUAUGUGAACCAGAUUCUUGGUCUCAAUCCUCAAAUGCGCAGCCUGCUUAAUUCCAAUCCUCAGCUUAGAGAGAUGAUGCAGAAUCCUGAAUUUCUACGUCAGUUGACCUCCCCUGAGACAUUGCAGCAAUUGUUUACUUUGCAGCAACAUCUCGCGUCACAGAUUGGUCGCCAGCCCACCCUGAACCAAGGUCAGAGUCAGACUGAUGGAGGCACAGGAGCUGCCAACAACAAUAUGGGGUUGGAAAUGUUGAUGAACAUGUUCGGUGGACUUGGUGCUGGUAGCCUAGGCGUGCCCAACAGACCCGAUGUACCACCAGAAGAACUGUAUUCAAUGCAGCUCACACAGCUGCAAGAAAUGGGAUUUAUCGACAGACAGGAGAAUAUACGAGCACUGAUCGCUACUGCAGGAAACGUCCAUGCUGCGGUUGAGCGAUUACUGGGGAAUUCAGGUCAGUAGUCGAUCGAUCCCAUUGGUAGUGCCAGCCUGGUCCCCUCGACUGCUGACAGCUGAGGUAAGUGACUUUGGAGGUGAAAUUCAAGUCUGGUGAGCAUACGAUUGAGUUCAAAUUUUGGUAUAGGAGCGGCAAAGUCGGGAAUACGAUCACUGAAUUACAAGGUCUCACUCUCUCUCAGGUUCUCGGAGUUCCUGUAAUACAUGUUUCUCUUACAUGAUAGCGAGAUAUGUGAUAUGAACUGUGUGGAAAAUAUGUUUAAUUUAGAUAAUAUUUGUUGUUUUUGUUCGUCAAAUUGAGUUUAUUGAAGUUUCUGUUUUGAUACUAUUACUACGGGAGCUCAAUGAUGGGUUCUGUCACUCUCACUGACCCACUCUUAAGCUUUCUGUGAAUAUAAUACAUCCACUUCACUUGCUGUUUUCACA